AUGGCAGCUAUCCAGGGCUUUGAACAUAGAAAGCGCACCUUCUUGUCAAAGUGCGACAAGUCCAGCGCUGGCGAAAUUGACGAAAAGGCUCGUGAGAUAUGUGCCGAACUCAAUGGUCGGCCCGCUUUCUUCACGACAUCAUCUUGUGCCGGAAGAGCGUUCAUUUGGCGGGGUGAUGGGGUGAAAAGCACGGAGUGUUUCAGCAGGUGGCGCGUGACACAUGACCUGGUUGAAGAUGCGCGAGCAUAUUUCGACCUUGCCACCCUCGACGAGACUGUUGAAGGCAACGAUGUUUCCGAGCAGGCACCGUCGUUCUGGACGCAAGCACUUCUGCGACUGGCCAGCCUGUGUACGUGGUGUCAGUCAAGCAGACCAGGCUGGCGGGGCCGCAAGCACCAACGGCAGGAGAGAGCAGAGGUGGCCGAUAAGCGAUUGCUUGAAAGUGAUGCGGUGUAUUGGCUCCGCUUCGAGCCAUUCAUCUUGCAUGUGUGUUGCCGUGACCUUGUUGCGGCUGCAGCACUGAUGGCCGCAGCCCGACGUGUUUUCAAGAAUGUCGGGCUCCAAGGAUUUGAUAGUUCCAAACUGAUUGUUGCUAUUUGGGGUGACGAAGGCCUCGAUAUGCCUUUGACCAAUCCAGAUGGCUGGCCCUUGUUUCAGGGUGAGCAUGUCUGGUUGCAGAGCUUGGUGAACAGUCGGCACCAGCGGAAUUGGGGAAAGAUUGAUCGCUUCACAGCAGCUGUAAGAGAGAUGGAGGAGCCAGUCCCUUCAGCCGAGCUAGAACCCACUGGCGAAGCUGAAAGGGAACUACGACAUUUUGAUGUUGUGGGCGAUGUGGCCAUUGUCAACGUAAAGCCCAAAGAGGAUUUGGCGACAACUCAUAUUGAGUUCGGUGUCCGGAUGAUCAUUGAUUUGGACGCAUGCUUCUUCUCCCCGCGUUUGGCUGGAGAGCGUCAGAGGCUUUGUCAAGCAGUACAGCCAGGAGAGAAGAUCCUGGUAGCCUUUGCCGGCUGCGGUCCUGAAGUUCUGCAGCUUUUGGCACACACGGAGGCUUCCCAGAUAGCAGUUGUGGAGCUUAAUGGGGCAGCUGUGAAAUGCCUACAACGAAGCCUUCAGAUGAUCCGAGGUGAGGAAGGCCCGGAGGGCCGAGCUUGUCUGGAGGUCUUGGAGGGCGACAUUCGGCAAGUGGCGAGCCACUUUCCACGUGGCCACUUCCAGCGCAUUCUCGCACCACGACCCAAGAAUCCAGGGGAUGGAGAUCUAGAACAAGGGGAUGGAGGAGUAGAAUUUCUCCAAGCACUGGUACCAUUGCUGGCAGAUGGAGGGGUUUGCCAUUGGUAUGACUUUGCAGCAGACUGGGAGCUUCCUGCGUGCAAGCGCACGUGCAACAUCCUCAACACCGAGUGCAUGACCCUGGGUCUUUCUUGCAAAGUCUUACGCGUUGCAGCCGCCAACCGUCGCACGAUUGCGGAGCGCCAGUAUCGAGUUGUGGCAGACUUUCAGGUCUCCAAAAGCUGA